AGUGAACUAGCGCUUCUUGUUACACUGCUCCACUUCUGAUAUGAUUCUGAGAACUAACUUACUGUAAGCCGAGUUCACAACAAACGGGAAUAAGAAAAAGACAGCAUAAGAUUUCUGUCAUCGCAGCUGGAGAAACUGUAGAGGACUUUGGACAUAAACUGAAGACAUUUCAACAGUUUUGUGAGCACGUUACAGGAGAUCAGGACUGAUGGAUGUAUUUUGCGCUCUGUUGCUCUGCUUUCAUCUUUUAACUACGGUUCAAGUGAGUGGUGAGCGUCACACUUUCAGUGUCUCUGUGCCUCAUCGGGUCUACGAGUGUCCUGAAGGGGCCAAUGUCACUUUGACGUGUGUUCAGUCUGGACCCAAGGCUCAUUCAGAGGACAAGUUGUGGGACACCUGGCUCUUCACACCUCACUUGCAGGAGCACUGCCACAAGGGCGCACAUCCGCGUGGGUCCAGCCACAACAACGGCACACUAGGAGUGCAAUACACCGAAAAAGGCAAUUCUUUUUCCAUCAACUUGCAGAACAUCAAACACAGAGACCAGGGCAAAUACUGCUGUCUGCUUCUGGAAGUUAACAAGCAAAAGGUGGAGCAAGGGGCCCGUGAAUUCAUCCACCUCAAUGUGCUGCCAUCGACAACACGUACUCAAAACGGCAGUCUGAAGUGUUCAGAGUGGUCUCACAGUCCUACAGAUGACUCUGUGGCUGAAGGCCUGGCUAUCGCAGCUUGCGUCGCUUUCAUUCUGUGCCUCCCGCUUAUACUAAUGCUGGUUUACAGACAAAGGCAAACAGUAGAGCGACACAGACGUGCACACGAGCUGGUGCGUAUGGACAGCGAAGCACAGGCCCAUGAGAACCCAGUGUUUUUGGGCGAUUCUCCACAACCUAAACCUAGGACUAUAUCCCAAAUAAUGAGACAGUCAUCUGAAACAGGACGCCACCUCCUGUCAGAUCCCGGCACUCCAUUCUCUUCAAACAUACAAGGAGAAUUUUUCUUCCCAGCACAAGAACCCAUCGCUGAGUCUCCUAACUUGCUGGAAUAGACGUCACGCUCACCCCAGGAACAUCUAAUACUUCUUCCAUCUCCUCCACAUCAUCAGGCCUUUGUUCUUCUUGUCUUCUGCAAAGAUGAUUAGAAGAGACCCACCCCUCUGAAAACAAUGAGAACUGAGCUCUCUGCUGUUAUGGUGGGACCACUUAUCUGGUGAUGUCUAUGUCUGUCUGCUGACUGUCCUUAAAUGGGUUUCCCGAGAAGGAAAUCUGACUAUUUCACAAGUUAGGGCAUUAGGGAGAGCACAAUCGCAGGGAAUUUUCAUGAAGAGGAUCCAAAGAUAUGAGUUGAAGAAUUGAUUUCAGCUAAGCUGUUUGCACACAUUUCUGUUCAUCACAUGCUUUGUGUGUCAGUUAUUCUGUGGUUUGCACUUAAAAGACCAUUUCACUCUUUUUCUUUCUUUUCUAAUCUGUCAGUCCCCAUCCUCACCUCUUUUCCAAAUGAAACAAUCAGUUAAUCUGCUCUCUUCUAGAGGUCAGGGGUGUAUUAAUACCUCAUUUGCUCUUGUUUUACCCAUCUCAGUACUCAGUUUCUCAAUAGUUAAUUUCUUCAGUGCUCAGUAUGUCAGUGCCAAAGUAACACAGUUAUCACUUUAUCACUGAAUGGUGCCAGUGCUGGUCCCAGAUCUCAGAACCUGCCUGUUUUAGCAUUCACUUGGAAACCAAAGACGCAAACGACUGUGAUUUAAAAUGUUACAUAGUUGAUCAUUUAUGUAACAGACCCAGAUUGGGACCAGCAUCGGCGCGUGUCGGUAGAAAAGGAUGUUCUCAGUGCACUCACCGUCGGACCUGCUGAGAAACGAUGGGGUAUUUUAAAACCUCUUGCGGUGAGUGUGGUGCUUUUAUGGUAUGUAGCUUAAUGAUGCAUUCAUUGCAUUCAAGAAUAAAGUGCAGAUUUUUGUGGUAAAUGUUGCAUCGGUGACAAUCAAACACAAUGCCACUUUCUUACGUCUCCUAUGUCACCUGUGGCUUUAAGGGCCUGAGUGCUCAUAAAAGAAGAUUUUCUAUCUUUUGUAUUGAUUUUUUUUUAUCUAUUAUGUAUGUGUGUGUGUGUGCGUGUGUGUGUGUGUGUAUCUCCAUUAUAUUCCAUCAAAAUAUAUAAAUUAAAAAAAAAAAAGCAAAGAGCUGGUCAAUGUUUUCAGGAAGCUUCAAAAUUUAAAUCCACUGCCAUAAAGAGUGCCAAAACUUUGCUUUGUGUAUGAAUGGAUGGUUUGUAGGUGAAUGAUUGCAAAUCCACAUUGUAAAUAUGCCAUUUUACCAGUUUGUACAUUUUAACUUGCACAUGUGUCUGUAUAAAGGUAGUACCAUAUAUGUAGCUCCAGCAACAAUGAUGUGACAACUGCUGAUGCUUAUAUUAUAAUUGCUUAUAUCUCGUUUUAUAAGAAUACAAAUAAAUAAAAAGUUCUGGUGAGA